UCUCGUUUUUAUUAUUCCUUUCAGAGGUAGUAUCGUAAAGUGUAAUUUUCUUAUUUUAGGUUACGUUCACAAUGAGUGUAACGAGGUAAUUGUAGGUAUUUCAUUUUCGAUUUUCUCUCCUUUUCGAAUGUAAUGAUGAAGAGUGUACGUUGUUUUCUUUUUUUUUCAUUAUUUUCAAGGAAGUAGACAAGCGAAAGAUUGCUGGGAAAUGAACUUUAGAAGUUGGCCAGGAGAAUGGGAACCUCGUUGGAUUUAUAUCCAUAUAAAUAUCCGCGGUAUUUAAUUAAUUUAAAGUUCCCCUCGAAAGCGCGACGAUCGAUCAUCGGUCUCGGUGGCGAUUUUGUCGAGAGUUGGCGAAAAACCGACGUUAAUUCGUUAGAUUCGAGACAUGGAAACCGCGUUCCUGUCGUUCCCGAAAUAAUUGAGUAACGAACAUGAAAUCGUCAACCCUUCAGCACGUGACGUAUCUCCGACACGACGUGGAUUAGCCGAAAGGUAAAAAACAUCCCCAUCGGGGAUAAAAUCAGUGCAAGGAUAAAAAAUGCGACUCUCGUGAGGUGAUUAUCAAGAAGAAAAAGGAAGACCGCGGAAGACGAAGAGGACUUCGAAAUUGGCGCCGAGAAAAUCACCCACGACUAACUGGUCAUCCGGCCUUUCAAAAGUCGCCAUGUCGGACAAGGUUAAGGCAAGCCGGCCAACCGUGCCUCCACUCCAGUCGAAGAGACCGACGAUUUUCAUAUAUCCGACAGUUUCCCCGGAACAUAUCACGGUCUCCAUCGUCUCCUCCAUUUUGGGAUUCCCGCUGCUCGCGCUGCUAGUGAUCUGCUGCUUGCGAAGGAGAGCAAAGUUGGCUCGCGAACGAGCCAGAAGGCGGAACUGCGACCUGGAUCACGGAGCCCUGAGUCUCGUGAGAUUCAGCCCCGUACAUCGUUUAGCUGGAGUAGAAAGGACUACUAGAGCGGUGUCCUUCAGAAGCGAGCGAGGCUCCAGGGCGUUUCCUGCCCUGAACCUGGACACCGUCGUCGAGGAACGAUCCGACCCUGAACAGAGCACGGCCGUGGAACUCAGUAGCCCCGAUUAGCAUCCGGUUCCGGCACCGUCAAGGUCGCCGCGAGUUUCGAUGGUAUUGACGGUGCCAGAACCGGUGGAUUGCAGCCCAUUAUGGUCGGCCUUGACCAACGGCAACAUGUUGACGACGGAUUUGGGAGAUACCUAGCAGGAAGACGUGGGUGGAGAGUCGACGGAGUUCAUCCAGGCUCUGGUCUUCGAUCUGCCUAUUAUCUACUGACUUAAUGAACACCUCUGCACAUUUCGCUGCCCACGAACUUAACUUAAAAGUGUCACCAUGGACAGCAUUUCUUCAACGCCGUAAAUGUCGACGAAACUACGAAUUUAAAAUCCGCUGAUCAGCAGUGAUUAUUCGUACAAGUGAAAUGGAUCUGGUACAAGCUUACCCCGGAGGAACUUGAAACACGUAAUGCAUCAGUUUUUUGAAACAUUAAGUGGACCGAUACGAAACAAAAUGUCCAUGUUUUCUGAUGUGUUCAGGCCUUUGCAAGGUACCUCCUACACGUUAACAAGUGUCUAGUCUAAAGUAGCUUAAGGUAGCCGCGGCUAAUGUUAAGUUUCGUUACAAAGUCCAAGAGUUGUAUUUUAUACCGACCUGCCUCGCUUUACGUAAAGGACGCACGUCAGCGAGGCUUUAUACGAUGAUAA